GCUCCUUCCGCUCUACCCCAGAAGAGGCUGCGCAAAGGCACAGGCGAUCUGUCAAGGGACUCUGUGGCGAGUCACAAAAACGUUAGCGAUUCAAAAACAACCCACGGGAUGGAUUUCAAAUGGUAGGCAGCAAUUGGCUGGCGGGUUGUUUAUACACAGACUUUGCUCCGUUCGGGGUGACUCCUAGCGGCAGCUGCUGAAAGGAGGCGGAACAUAUGCGCUGCGCAUGGACGCAAGCGAGCGAGUGCAAGACGCAGUGAUCCAGUUUGGGAAAGACCCUCCUGCUGGAAUGUACCUGAUCCUGCCUGAUUUUGGAAGCUUAAAGCAGGGUCAGGCCUGGUUGGAAUCGGGAUGGGAGACCCAGAGUCCUGCACCGAGCAGGUUGGACCCGAUGGCUAGCCAGCCCCUUCCAUCCAGUUGAUUCUUUGAACUUGCCAUCACAGAAUCAAAGGAUACCACAGAAUACCACCUCUUGGGGGUACCCAAAGGAAAGGACUCCGGGGCAGAUGUCUGGGCCCACGUGGCAGGAUUGGGGGGCCGGCCUGGAAUUCAGCAAGGCUGGUUUCUUCAGCGGAAUGAAGCAUGUUGCCCUUCAAAGAGCCUCACCUUUGUGAUAAGACCAUUCGGUUUCAAAGGAUCUGAGUCAUCGGUGGGGCACCAAGCAGACACGAUCCUUUGCCCAGGUUUUCCCGUAUAAGUUAUGAACUGGUUGUCGUGAUCGACGAGUUUGUUCAUUCUAGGAUGUGAGGAACAGGUGGAAUUCUGCCAAUUGUGGGACACACGUUUCGCAUUGUAGUGUUUUAUGGUGGGGGUUGACUGUGCUGAUGGUGGCUCGAUCUGGAGGGUUUUCUGUCCUUUUCAUUAUGGAUUUCUUUAUUAUUUACUUGGCCUACACCACCUGGGUAACCAUGGAAACCAAAGUUCCGCCUCUCUUCUGGGACCGUUCUACCAAUCACGGCUAAGGGCAAGAGGCGAAAUAACCACUUAGAUUCAAGAAUGUCGCUCAUGUACGGCUCGUCCAAUCACAAGCCACGGAAUGCUUUGCGUUGACCAUGAUUGAUGGAGCUGGGUCGGACCAAUGGGGAGAAAGAGCGGGCGGAGUAAGACCCACCUGCCUACGCCUCCAAGUUGAGCCAAGGUUGGCCGAGAGCGACAGAUGGGCGAGACAGAGCCCCAAUAAGCGCGGCGGGAGAGGCGGGCCUUAAAAGAACCACUCAGGAAGAGAGGAGGCCAGAGAGUGACAGCUGAAGCUCCGCGAAGCCCGGCCUUCUGAGAGAGUGACAGGGUCGGACGGCCAAUCAGACAGGAGGGGGCGGGUCCCUCGAGGCCUCUGCUUUGUGGUGGAGGGCUGAGCGAUGCCGUCGGUCUCUCUGGCCUUCUGAAAAGAGCCCGCAGCAUGGAGUUCCCCGACCACAGCAAGAACUUGCUGCAGAGCCUGUGGGAGCAGCAGCACGAGGGCUUCCUGUGCGACUGCACGGUGCUCGUGGGGAGCACGCGGUUCCUGGCCCACCGAGCCGUCCUGGCGUCCUGCAGCGCCUUCUUCCACAUGUUCUACAAGGAGCGGCUGGACAAGCGCGACCUGGUCUCCAUUAACAGCGAGAUCGUCACAGCGCCGGCGUUCGGGCUGCUGCUGGAGUUCAUGUACAAAGGCAGCCUGUCCUUCAAUGACAUGCCGGUGGAAGAUAUCCUCGCGGCCGCCAGCUACUUGCACAUGAACGACAUCGUGAAAGUGUGCAAGAAGAAGCUGCAGGCCCGCGCCUUGACGGAAGCGGACAGCACGAAGAAGGAAGAGGAUUCCCUGGGCAGUUCGGAGCAUCUGCCCAGCACCUCCAAGGGCCAGCGUCAGACGCCGGAGACACAGCCCUUGCAGCUGCCGGCCGCUCGCCCGGGCGAGGCGGAGAAGAACAAAAAAGAGGAGCGGAAAGGAGGCGAGCGCGCUGGAACUGAGGAGCCGCUGGCCUCCACUUCGGACGUCGCGGACACCACGCAGCCCGGGGUGGAGGCUCCCCCGCCUGCCAGGCCCCUCCUGCCCCCCCUCGUUGACGUCUCUCUCUCCAGCCCCAGCAGCUCCACCGAAACCGUUUCGCACAGCUGCUUUCCUUCGGGGAACGUGGGCGAAGGGCCUUCCGGCACGGACCCCACCCCAGAGAGGUACGGGGACCUCCGGGCGGGGGGCCUCAGCCCGUUCUGCCCGAAGGAGCCACACCAGUCCUCCAUCAAGGUCAAGGUGGAGGCCAUCGUCAUCUCCGACGAGGAGCCCGAUGUGGCGGAGCCGUUGGAUGGCCAGGGCGCAGAGCUGCGGCUGGAGAGCAUUUUCCAGAGGUCUGCCGGGGAGGCGGCCCCCGCUGGAGGCUGCGGGCGGCACCCGGACAGCUUCGAGGAGCCCGCGGGGAUGGAGGAGGCCUCUUCCGAGAGCGGCUUCCUGCCGCAGGACCACGUCCCCUAUCACAUGAUCCCCAUGGCCAGCGGGCAGACGUUCUCCAACAUGGUCACGCCCCCGCUGCACGAACAGCUGUACCUGCAGGACUACGAGUCCCACUCCAGCUUCGGCAUCUUCACGGAAGACGUGCCCACGUGCAAGACCUGCGGGAAGACCUUCUCCUGCUCCUACACGCUGCGGCGCCACGCCACCGUCCACACGCGGGAGCGCCCCUACGAGUGCCGCUACUGCAUGCGGAGCUACACCCAGUCGGGAGACCUGUACCGGCACAUCCGCAAGGCGCACAACGAGGACCUCGCGGCCAAGCGGUGCAAACAAGAUGUGGAGAACCCCUCCUAGGCCGCCUGGGGGUCGCUCGGAGGCGCGCGGGAAGGCUCUGGGGAGGCUGUCGCAGUGGCCGCCGGACCAAGCCGACGCCUGCUCUGCGUCCCUUUCGACUCGGCCUUCCCACCCUUUCUGAAGCAUCACCCCACCUUUGUCCGGGAAUUUGGCACUGGUUUCUUACAGGGUAGUUCUGGGGCAGUGCCGAUCGUCCUCUGGAUUCCCUUGUACAUAGGAAAGGACUUUGAUUUCUCUUUUGUAUUUAUUUAUGUGCCGACUAUCACAGUACCAAGGAACCAGAGAUCAGAGCAGUAAUUUUAGCUCCCCAGAAAGAUUGCUGAGUUGAGAACAGGUGUUCCGCCUGUGGGAGACCUUGCCUUCCACAACCUGGGGCCCUCCAGCUGUUUGGACUUGGCAUUCCUAUCAAGCCCAGCAAUCAAGGCUACUGGGAGUUGUAGUCCAAAGCAUCUGGAAAGCUUUCUGCUCCCGAUUGCUGAUGCAGCUUAGAUGUCAGUACUGGGGUGGAGAGAAAACAAAACCCACCAUUCUAGUCCACAUGGUGGAAGAGGGUCAGGCCCAUUUUACAGAUGAGAACUAAGUGGGUGCCAGUGGAUACUAGCAGCUCCUGCCAAGGGGUCGUACCCCUCAUUUUUUUAAAAAUAUUUUUACUUACGGGCAGGUGGGGGGCCUGUUGGGCUGAAAACUGGCAGCAACCUGGGACUUCCAUCACCAUCUCCCUUCCACUUGGGCUUUGCGGCAUAUGCACCCACAUUCCUUCCUGCCUCGAUCCGUUCCUCUCCCUUCCCCUCCCCAUCCUCAAAAUCAUCCCCGCAGACCAAGUACUGCCAGCCGCCUCUUCGAUCCGGGACUUUGCCAACUCCCCCCCGCCCCCCCCACAAAGCGUGUUUCUCAACCUGUUUGUUCUGUAAGCGGCUGCAAAGCAGCUUCACUGCCAAGGAUACACGUUCAAUAGUAAAAAAUCA